UUCGUUCUUGUAAUAUUUUGUCUCAAGAUCGACAAAAAAUAUGACGGCGUUGAAAGUGUUGGUCAAAUUUUGGUCAGAAUACACCAAAAAUACACCCAAGAAACUGAAAAUUAUCGAUGCGUACUUAUUGUACGUAUUUCUGACGGGUGUUAUCCAAUUCGUGUAUUGUUGCCUCGUCGGCACUUUUCCCUUCAAUAGUUUUCUCAGUGGUUUCAUAUCCUGUGUAUCCUGUUUCAUUCUAGGCGUUUGUCUCCGAUUGCAAGUAAAUCCACAAAAUAGAAGUCAAUUUCAUGGUAUAAGCCCUGAAAGAGGAUUUGCAGACUUCAUUUUUGCGCAUAUUAUUUUACAUAUUGUUAUAAUGAAUUUCAUUGGAUAAAAUACGCAGUUGUAAUAUACAUAUAUAAUAGAUCA